UAAAUUCAACCCUUCUUCUCCAGCCCCAUCUAUAAAUACCAAAGCUUUGUCCUUUAAUUUUCAGGUCGCAUCUCUUUCUUUUUACCCUCAUUUUCAAAAUAACAAGAACAAACAGUACUCAACACACAGAAGUCUACGAUCCUUCAAGAUCAAGAUCCCUUUUGUUCAUCAAGAAAAAGAAAGCUUUAAUUUGAUAUUCGUUCAUUCAUUGUUCUUUUUUUAUCUUUCUUUUCGUAAUGGUGAAGUCUGAGCAAAAGAUCCAAUCAGGGACAUCAAAGGCAAUGGCAGCAAAAUCAUCAUUAUCAGCAGCAGCAGCAGCAGCAGCAGCAGCAAGCAAGAAGAAAUACAAGGGAGUGAGGAUGAGAAGCUGGGGUUCAUGGGUUUCAGAGAUAAGAGCACCAAAUCAGAAAACAAGAAUAUGGUUAGGUUCUUAUUCUACUGCUGAAGCUGCUGCUAGAGCCUAUGAUGCUGCUCUUUUAUGUCUCAAAGGCUCUUCAGCCAAUCUCAACUUCCCUAUCACUUCUUCGCAUUACAUUCCUGACACUGUUAUGUCUCCCAAGUCCAUCCAAAGAGUAGCUGCAGCUGCUGCUAAUAGCUUUGUGGACAACGCCGCCGCCACCACCACCACCACCACCACCACUACCACCACCCCAUCAUCAGUAUCUUCACCACCUCUUCCCUCUUCCUUUUCCUCAGCACCCUCACCAUCAUCCUCAAUGUCUUCUUCAGUGUCAGAUCAGGUUGAUGACGAUGUAUCAUUAAUGAAAUCUUUUGGGAACUACAGCGAGCCAAUUCCAUUGUUAGACGACGCAUGGUUCAACUUCGAAGACCUGCAAUCACCCAAGUUUCUUGAUCACAUUUUCAAUCCACCGACGACGAUGAUGAUGGAUGAUUUUUUUGAAGGUGAUAUUCGUCUAUGGAGCUUUGCAGAAUAGAAGUCCAAAGAUAAAUUUUCAAGGCCAAAAUAAUAUUUCAUUCUUUUUGUCCAUUAGCUCAUAAAAAACAUAUAUAUAUUCAUUAUUCUUCAAUCUUCAUUGUGGCUUCAAGACAUUACUGACAUAGUAACCUACUGGUUCAUAUGCUAGUGUAUUGAUUUAGGACAGAAACUGAGACUCUCACAUGGGACAGGAAACAUUUUAUUGGACUAUCUCAUGUGAGUUCUCAUAGAUAUAUUGAAAAUUUUUUAUAUGUACUAUCAAAAUUAUUCAUAAGUGUGAUGUGUUUACCUUGUAAUUGAAUAAGAUUAAAGAUGGGAAAUUAUUUUUUAAUUGCAUUAAUUAA